AUGGCUUCUUCCUCCCUUAUUCUCAAAAAGCUCCGCCAAACAUCGUGCUCCAAUUACCUUACCAUAUCGAGCUUUCUAUCCCCGCCAACAGCAUUGUUUGGUACUUCAAGAAUACCCACGAGAUCCAUUGUUCCGUACUUCCAGCCACCAGUAUGUGGUGGUCGUGGUGCGUCAAUAAUGUCAUGUUUUAUCAACGCCAAGGAAUUCCAUGUUCACGUAUCUCGUGAUGAUUCUGUGAGAGUGAAUGCGAUGACACGCAUAUGGGAUACGUUAAAUCCUCGCGGCUGGUCGUUUGUGCGGUUAUAUUUAGACGAGGAAGAUUUACCACAAGUUGAAGUAGAUAGGUUGCUAUUCAGAAUUAGAGCCGAGGAAACUAAUGAAGGUGUAUGUGUUAAGAUAAUAAUGCAUAGAGUCAAAUGCCACAAUUUGAAGGUGUUUGUCGAAGACAACUCUUUGAUGUGCCAAGGAUUGAAGGCUCGGGGGAAAACACACGACAUCGAGUUCCCGUUACCGGAGAGGACGUAUCAAUUGAGCGAUGUGAAAGCAAAGUUGGAAAAUGGUGUGUUAAUGAUAACGAUUGCAAAUUUGACAAGGGAGGAACUUUAUAAAAAGCGCUUUUCAAUCACUAGUGAUAAUUGA